AUGGGGGUGUUUGUGCUGGUGUCUUUAUCAGCAUUGGAAAAUUGGAAAUGCCAAUGGGUCGUCAGUAUAAAGGCAAGUGGUAUUGCAAUAAAGCUUACGCUGGAGGGCAUCAAUCAAAUUGGAUAUCCCCAGACUUGGUUUUUCUUUUCAGUUGCAAUAAUCUGUGUGAUUGCACAGUGCCCACCUGGUAUAGUUGCUAAUGCACUAUCACUGGGAUGUGCUGUAGACUAUAAGUUUGAUAGAUGUGCAAAGGUGUUUAUAUUAAUAAGGGGUGAUUGGGAGGAAGGGGAGGCAGGUUGA